UUGUGUUGGGCAGACGCAUCGUCAUACUAAACAGGGCAAAAAGGGCGAAUGUUCAUUUAUAUUAUUUAUUUUUAUGUAAAAUAUCAUUAGAGUAUGUCGUCGUUGUACAAACCGUUUUCUGUUUCGGAGAGGCCGUGUAAAGAUGCGGGUUUGAAACGAGGAUGCACACCGCAACAGCAUCCCGCGCCGUUGACCCGGCCUGGCGGCGGCUCGACGUGCAAUUUUACCCUAAUACCCAACAUUUAUUCAGGUCAAAGAAAUUUAGCGGCCGCCGCCAUCGGAGGGAGAAAAAUCACCCAUCCGUGGAAAGCUAUCCUUGCAGGUGGUAUUGCAGGAGGUAUUGAGAUCUGCAUCACAUUCCCUACGGAGUAUGUGAAGACCCAGCUACAGCUAGAUGAAAGAGCAAACCCUCCUCGGUACAGAGGCAUAGGAGACUGUGUGAAGCUGACGGUGCAAGAUCAUGGGUUGAGAGGUCUGUACAGAGGGCUUAGCUCGCUGCUCUAUGGAUCCAUCCCGAAAUCAGCAGUACGGUUUGGAAUGUUCGAGGUCCUUAGUAACCCCAUGAGAGAUGCCACGGGUCGGCUUGACAAUAAAGGAAGUUUGUUGUGUGGGCUUGGAGCGGGAAUAGCUGAGGCGGUGUUGGUGGUCUGUCCGAUGGAGACAGUGAAGGUGAAGUUCAUUCAUGACCAGUGCUCUCUGAGGCCACGCUACAGAGGGUUCUUUCAUGGUGUGCGAGAAAUUAUCAGAGAUCAAGGUUUUCGAGGGACAUAUCAAGGACUGACCGCUACACUUUUGAAACAGGGUAGCAACCAGGCAAUUCGCUUUUAUGUAAUGAAUUUGUUGCGGAACUGGUACAAAGGUGAUGAUCCAGCUUGUGAGAUGCAUCCAUUGGUUACAGCAUUGUUUGGUGCCACAGCCGGGGCGGCGAGUGUUUUUGGGAACACACCGCUUGAUGUGGUGAAGACCAGAAUGCAGGGUUUGGAGGCUCAUCGCUACAAGAGCACAAUGGACUGCGCUUUCCAGAUUCUGAAGAACGAGGGGCCUCAAGCGUUCUACAAAGGCACAGUCCCACGACUGGGUCGGGUGUGUCUGGACGUAGCCAUUGUCUUUGUUCUGUACGAGGAGGUUGUGAAGCUACUGAACAACAUCUGGAGAACAGACUGAAGAUGGACUAGGCCAUAAGUCCACACAGAACUGAUUUAGAAUGAGACAGAGAGGACUAUCCAAACACAGUUGGCCUCGUCAAGCAAGUUAAAAGAUCCUGACUUCAAUGGUGACCUCUGACCCAGAGGAAUGGAUUAAACUAGCCAUCUGUGUCCAUAUAGAUCAGCGGGAGAUGUUGAAGACAGGACCUUGAGUCACGAGAAAGAAACUCUAGCUUAUAUUACGCACAAAAUUUAUUAAUACAAGGAUGAAUAGUGUAUCAUUAAUUUGCACUCUUCACUUCUGUAAAGUCAUGCAAGUGUCUUCUCAUCGCCACGCUUUUAUACAAAUAGUUGGGAGACAAUCCACUUAUGUGGCUUGAAACGUAUAGUAGCACAAACAAGUUUAGUUAUUGGUAACACGUUACAGUAAAGUUGUAUGUUAACAUUAAUUAAUGCAAUAGGUUAAUAUGAACUUGCAAUGAACAAAACUGAGCGCGUUUACAUGCACGUUCAUAUCCCCAUUAUGCUUAAUAAGCCGACGUGUGUGGUAAUGUAAACAUAUUAAACAGCUUUCCCUUAUUGGUGCACAGUCAUAAAGGCCAUAAGAAUAAAUUAUCGACAUGUAGAUUUUUGCCCAUUACCCUGAUUUUGCAUUGCAUUUAAACAUCUUUACUGGUGUAGUGCUGAAUUUUGUCUCUCUUGUAUCCUAAUGUUAGGGGUAGGGAUGGGUUUUAAGGAUAGGGACCAAUGAGGUUAGGGGUGGGGCUUUAGGCAUGAGGACCAAGCAGGGAGUCAGAACUGGCAGCAAGUCAGAUUGUGGCACAUCAUUCUCGGGGGCUUAUCCAACGUCUUGUGCACAUACCUCUUUGCUGUUUGACGUAAAAAGCAGAGAAUAACGUGAUUAGUUCAAAUCUCAUGCAAAUGCAUAUUUUUUUUGGCUUUAAAAAAAAAAUCAGCCUGAUGGUUACAUCAUUUAUUAAUAUUGUUGAUUUCUACAUCUGGUACACUUUUUUAGUGUAUGUGCUACACAUAUUACUAUAGCAAUAACGAUACCAAUAUGUAAGUAUAGAAGUAGUUCAACAAUUUACAUGUAGUUCAUUACUAUUCCUCACUAAAUUGACAUAGAACAUUAAAUGUCAGUGCAUUAUAAACUAGAAACAAAAAAUAUGAUAUUUAUAAUUGAACCAAGAUUAAUAAAUGUUUAACAACAUUGUUCAUUCUUAGUUCAUGAUACCUUAUGCGUUAACUAAUGUUAAUAUAUAGAACCUUAUUGUGAAGUGUUACCAAAAUAUCAAUGUAAUCCACACUUUUCUUCGUUCCAUUUUACAUUUACAGUUAGUGCUUGAGUAACACUAAAAUAUGUACUGAAAUGGUUUAAAUGUAUUUUGUGGCUUUGUAAAAAUGUUUGUUUUCAUGCAACUCAAAACUGGUUGAAGCGCAGACAUUUGUGUUGGAAAAAACUUGCAUGCUUGAAUAAUAUUGUCUGGUAUUGUGACAGAAAGCCAGGCCAUUCAAGCCUUCCAGAGCCAACUAUCUAUGUGAUUAUCAAGUCACAGAAACAUGCCAAAGUGGGAACAGCUGAACCAUUGCUCCUUUUUGCUAUAUGUAAAUUUCCAUUUUUUUUUUUUUUAAUAAGAUGGCAGCUGCUUUUAGUUGCACUGUUAUAUUAAGCUUUUUUUGUCAUUAACCUAAGCGUCUCUCUUGGGUUGCUCAUUCUGCCAAAGCAACUCAUACAAGUUAUGCUAUUGUUGUUUGUGUCAGAGAAGUAACCAGUGCCAAAUAUGUAACCAGUGCUUUAAAACAAUGCAGAUUGCUGAAUACUUCACACAAACUCAGUAAACUAUAUAGGUAAUUUUUAAGACCCUGUGACCUUUUUGAGUGGCUUUCCUGUGCUUUUGCCCUUCACCAAUUGAGGCCAGUAUUGAUAAAUUGAUCUAAAAUCUUUGAAUUCUGCUCUA